CCCCGAUGGAGCCAGCGGAUUACAAACUCCUGUUAAGUGGCGCACCGUCCUCCUCCUCCCCAUCUUUCUCCCAGAGUAAAACCAGGCGUGCGGAGCGCCUCCUCGCCGCGCUCGAGCAGUGGGAAUAAGAAACCAGCUCUGUUUGACAGCCAGCGCCGACCCGGUCGAUCUCCGCAGUGGAGGGGGAUUGAGGGGAACAUAUAGACAAAGAGAGAGUGAGAUGGGUCCGGAGGCGGUGAGGUAUUCGUGAUUGUCAAGUAAACGGCGGUGAAGUUCUUCGGCUCCGCUCGAAUCUUUUCUCCAGGUCGCAGAGCUCUAAUAACGCCUGUGCGACGGUGUGACAGCAUGAGCAACAUCUAUGAGUCUGCGGAGGCCACGCUGGGCUUCAUCAGCUCCCCGUGCCUGACCAAAGUGGAGCUGAGAGUGGCCUGCCGGGGGAUCUCGGACCGCGACGCCCUCUCCAAGCCCGACCCGUGCGUGGUGCUGAAGAUGCAGUCACACGGCCAGUGGUUCGAGGUGGACCGCACAGAGGUGAUCCGCAGCAGCAGCGGCCCAGUCUUCUCCAAGGUCUUCCUGGUGGAUUACUACUUCGAGGAGGUCCAGAGGCUCCGCUUUGAGCUUCACGACAUCAGCUCUGGCAACAACGGCCUCCGUGAUGCUGACUUCCUGGGAGCCAUGGAGUGCACCUUAGGGCAGAUCGUCUCACAGAGGAAACUGACCAAAGCGCUGCUCAAACAGGGGAACACGGCUGGGAAGUCUUCCAUAAUGGUGACAGCAGAGGAGCUGUCGGGUAAUGAUGAUUACGUUGAACUCUCGUUCAGCGCUCGUAAGCUCGACGACAAGGAUUUCUUCAGCAAGUCAGACCCUUUCCUGGAGAUCUUUCGAACAAAUGAGGACGGGACAGAGUCACUCGUUCACCGAACCGAGACGGUUAUGAACAACCUGAGCCCAGUUUGGAAAUCCUUCAAAGUUUCCUUGAACACACUCUGCAGUGGAGACCAUGACAGGGAGCUAAAGUGCACGGUUUGGGACUGGGACUCCAAUGGAAAACAUGACUUUAUUGGGGAGUUUCAGACGACGUUUAAGGAGAUGAGGGCAGAGCAAGAGGGCAAACAGAUCCAAUGGGAGUGCAUCAACCCUAAAUAUCAGAUGAAGAAGAAGAAUUACAGAAACUCUGGUGUUGUCAUUCUCAACCACUGUAAGAUCAUCAAAAUGUAUUCCUUCCUGGAUUACAUCAUGGGAGGCUGCCAGAUUCAGUUCACAGUGGCGAUAGACUUCACUGCGUCCAAUGGGGACCCCAGAAACAGCUGCUCCCUCCACUACAUCCACCCCUACCAGCCCAACGAGUACCUCAAAGCGCUGGUAGCUGUCGGGGAGAUCUGUCAAGACUAUGACAGUGAUAAAAUGUUCCCUGCGUUUGGUUUCGGAGCCCUGAUACCGCCUGACUUCAAGGUCUCACACGAUUUCGCCGUGAACUUUGACGAGGACAAUCCUGAAUGUGCCGGGAUCCAAGGUGUGGUGGAGGCGUACCAGAACUGCCUCCCUAAGAUCCAGCUGUACGGGCCCACCAACAUCGCCCCGAUAAUCCAGAAAGUGGCCUCCUCUGCUUCAGAGGAGAUGCACACCAAAGAGGCCAUGGAAUACUUCAUCCUGCUCAUCCUGACCGACGGCGUCAUCACCGACAUGGCGGACACCCGGGAGGCCAUUGUGCACGCCUCCCACCUGCCCAUGUCGGUUAUCAUCGUUGGCGUGGGCAACGCCGAUUUCACAGACAUGCAGAUACUGGAUGGGGACGAUGGGAUCCUUCGUUCGCCCAAGGGCGAGCCUGUCCUCCGUGACAUCGUUCAGUUCGUCCCCUUCAAGGACUUCAAGCACGCGUCCCCAGCCGCCCUGGCUAAGAGCGUUUUGGCCGAAGUCCCGAACCAGGUGGUGGAUUACUACAACGCAAAAGGAAUUAAACCGAAGUGCAUGUCGGACUACGAGUCCACGAGAACCUUCAGCCCCUGACAAUGGACUGUCCGAGCAUAUACACCACUCCGCAUACAGAUAAACACAUCCUAUAUAUACACACAUUUUAGUACUGUAUGAUAAACACACAGCGUCCAAAAGCACAAGCACACACACAGAAUCCAACACACACACACACACACACACACACACACACACACACACACAUACAACAAAGCUACAUACAGUAGUCUAGCUCAGAGAAUUAGCUUGUUCUGGUGAAACAUUUUGAACUUCUCCAUUGAUGACUAUUGCAUGUUUGGCCUCAAUGGCUUCACCUGGGAAAAUUAUUACUAUAUACUGUAUAUUGGAACAGCAUUUAUAGAAAUAAGAGAAGUCUUCUGAAACAGCAUGCAGACUCAGAUCAUAUCCUGCUGAAUGAAAUGACACUCCUACCUUAUUAAGAUAACUAGCAAGUACGUAGACCAAAAGAUCUGUAUGUAGAAAAGACAAAGUGAGACUGCAUUACCUGCAUUGUCUGGAUUUAGCAUUGCAAAUGUUAUUUAUGGAAAUGGUAGCGUUCCUGUUAGUGUAUUGCAUAAAUGCAUGCAUUAUUCACCUCUCUCUUAUAUUCCAAUCUCUCAUAGGCCCUUGCUAGUUACAAAAUAAAGUAUCUCUGUCAUUUGUCUGAGAUUGGGGGGGUUGCUUUGGGCGUUCGGGGUUCUUUUCUACAAAUAUAUUUGAGAUUUUGCUAAAUGUAACUUAACAACUGAAUAAUUGUAAUAAUUUCUUAAUAACCUUCUUACAUUGUAAAGAGUUUUGGGAGGAUAGAAAAGUGUGUGUGAUAGACACUCAUCUGUGAGCUGAAAAUAGUUUUCUGUAAUCUGCAUGUUGAUUAUAAUAAAGACACUUUGGUUUUCUCA